AUGGGCGAGUCUGCACCCUCCGCAGACGGCGAAUCCUCCGAUGGCCCCCCAAAACCGAGCAAGCCCCAUCCUCACACCGAUGUCAUCAACAUCAUCCCAACCGGAGACAUCAUCCUCUCCGUAACAUUCGAAACAUCUCCCGAGAUACUCAAGAAAACUCGUAAAGCAUCUUUACCAGCGUCCCGCAGCACCAGCCUCCCCAAUGGCACUUCCACGCCCCCGCAGGUGUUGAAGCCCAAAGUCACCAUUGCGUACCGUGUACAGCUAGACAUGCUCAAGAAGCACUCCAAGUACUUUUCGAAUCUUCUCACGAACCCGCAGUUCAGGGAGGCGAAGCUUAUUGCUGCAGCUCACGCGGACUUGGCAUCCAUGAAGAUGAAACCAUCUCAGGCUGAGCCCAUGCAGUUGCCUCGCAUCAAAAUCACGGAUGACGACGAGGCCACUCAGUCUGCGGGUAGGGAACUUGUCUUUGAGGAUAUGCUGCGAAUUAUUCACCACGUGCCCAUUAAGACUACACGGGUGAUCAUGUCGUAUGUCACGACGCUGGCUUUACUUGCCGAUAGAUUCGACUGUGCGGCACCUGUGUCCAAGGCCCUGGUGGACAUGAAAUUCAAGUGGCCAUUGACCAAUACACGCCCAUACAUGGAUGAGUUAGGACGGGUUACGGAGACGGAGAAAGUGCUUCGGCAAAAGAUUCUCGUGGCGUGGUUGCUCGAACAGCCCAUGCGUUUGCACCAAGCGACUAGGGAACUGGUCAUUCGGGGCUCACGACUCUGGAGCGCAUACGGCCAAGAGGAAGACCUGCAAGGCGCAUGGUGGAAUCUCCCAGAAGGAAUUGAAGAAGAACUGCAGUACCGCCGGGAAUGCAUCCUAAACACAGUAUCUUCCAUCCAGCAGCACUUUCUAAACCUCUAUUCCUCACGCGACCGCCAAUGUAAACUGGGGUACGACUCCAGCACCGCAUGCGACUCCUUCCAAUUCGGACAGAUGCUCAAAUUUCUCAUGUCAAAGGAUCUUCUCUUCUUAGUAGACUUUGCACCUACUUCCGUGGACAAUAUACCAGACACUUCAAUGAUAGAUAUAGACGAGCUGCUGGGGACGUUGAAGCAGUGCCCUAAUUACCAGGUUGAUAAGCACCAUAUGAAUUGUGGGUUGAGGAUACGCAUUGAGCCUAUAUUGGAUUAUGUGCGGGCCAUGGUUGGGGCGGGCGUGGUGGCGAUUCCGCUGGCAGACUGGAAGAGGAGGAGGGGAGAUGUGUCGUGGAUGGGUGGACUGCGCGAUUUGAAGAACGGUACGGCAAGAGAGGAAGAUGAGGAUAGAAAGGCGUUUGCUUUUACGAGGGCGUUGGCGAAUGAUCAGAGAUUACGGUAUGAAGGAGCUAUGUAUGCGGAUAAAAUGGCCAGGAAGCUUUUUACUUCAGAUACGUGGGACUGGACACCCGAGGCUUGA